AUGUCUGCUCAACAGGACAUUUCGCCCAACGGCAACGAUGCGGAUCUUUCCGACCACAUGAAGAUGGAUGACGAGCCGCGUCUCGGCCCCGACGGCGAGAUCAUCCCCAAAACCGACGAAGAGUAUGCCCAGACCCAGCUGACCCUGCGCGCGAUUGUGUCGUCCAAGGAGGCCGGCGUCAUCAUUGGCAAGGGAGGCAAGAACGUGGCAGACCUGCGUGACGAGACCGGAGUCAAGGCCGGCGUCAGCAAGGUCGUCCAGGGCGUGCACGAUCGCGUCCUCACGAUCACUGGUGGCUGCGACGCCAUCUCAAAGGCCUAUGCUGUUGUUGCUCGUGCCCUUUUGGAGGGCGUUCCGACCAUGGGAAUGGGCGGGAUACUCCAGGGCAACGGCACCCACCCCAUCAAGCUGCUCAUCUCCCACAACCAGAUGGGUACUGUCAUCGGCCGCGGUGGCCUGAAGAUCAAGCACAUCCAGGAUGUGUCUGGCGUACGCAUGGUGGCCCAGAAGGACAUACUCCCGCAGUCCACCGAGCGCAUCGUCGAAGUCCAGGGCACGCCAGAGGGCAUCCAGAAGGCCGUGUGGGAAAUCUGCAAGUGCCUCGUCGAUGACUGGCAGCGCGGCACCGGCACGGUCCUGUACAACCCCGUUGUACGCACACAGGGCACCUCGCCCACUCUCGGCAGCGGCAGCAUCGCACCCACGUCCAACUACAACUCGGGCGGCCGCUCCGAGUAUGGCAACUCCCGUGUGACCCGCACUGGAAACGGUGCCGAUUUCAGCAACGGCGCCUCGUCACGUCCAAACAACCGGCGCUCCGACUCGGACGCGGCUGCCCGUGGCCCUCCCACACACGACGAACAGGGCAACGAGAUUCAGACCCAGAACAUUAGCAUCCCGGCAGACAUGGUCGGCUGCAUCAUCGGCCGGGCCGGCAGCAAGAUUAGCGAGAUACGCAAGACGUCGGGCGCUCGCAUUUCCAUUGCAAAGGCCCCGCACGAUGAGACCGGCGAGAGAAUGUUCACCAUCAUGGGCAGCGCCAAAGCGAACGAGACUGCACUUUUCCUUCUGUACGAGAACCUCGAGGCCGAGAAGAUGCGUCGGAGCCAGGCUGGACCGGCCGAGUAG